AUGUCGUUGAAACAGGAAAUCGAGACUUGGGUGACGGCUCUUGGCCACUACGACAACAAUGAGUUUGACGAGGCGCUCAAGGACUUUGAGAACAUUGCCGAUACUUCCAAGAUUCUUUUCAACAUGGGAGUGAUUCAUGCAACUCUGGGAGAACACGAGAAAGCUGUCGAAGCAUACCAACGUGCAAUCAAGCUGGACCAAUACCUCGCCGUCGCUUAUUUCCAGGAGGGUGUAUCUAAUUUCCUGCUCGGUGAUUUCGAGGAGGCAUUGGCAAACUUCAACGACACACUGCUAUAUCUCAGAGGAAAUACCAUGAUCGAUUACGCACAAUUGGGAUUGCUUUUCAAGCUAUACUCUUGCGAGGUCUUGUUCAAUCGAGGUCUUUGUUACAUCUACCUACAGCAAAAGGAUGCCGGUCUCCAGGAUCUACAGUACGCAGUCAAGGAAAAGGUUGUGGAGGACCACAAUGUCAUUGAUGAGGCCAUCAGAGAGGAGGCAGAGGGUUACACUGUUUUCUCCAUCCCAGUCGGAGUCGUCUACAGACCCAACGAGGCCAAGGUACGGAAUUUGAAGACAAAGGACUACCUUGGCAAGGCUCGUCUCGUGGCUGCUUCGGACCGUGCCAAUGCCUUUACUGGCUUCGCCGGUUCAGAGAUCAAGAAUGCAGGCAGGGCAAACGACAAGGAUGAUCGUCCUACAGACAAUAUCUCCUUCGCCGCCACCAACCUGGUGAAGCCGGGACUUCAGAGUCGACGACAGCAAUCCGAGCCUCCCAAUGGCCGCAAUGCAUUCCCGCCUACCCCGCCGCCCGAGAAUGAUAAGCCGCCUCAGAUGAGCCGUGGCGCUUCUGUGCGCAACGGACCAAAGCCCAUGCCGGCCAAGCUCAACAUCCAGCCGUCUCGCUCCAAUAGUUACACCAAGACGGACUCGCCUCAGAGUGGUCCUGGUGAGAGAAGACCAGCACCUGCUAGAGCCGCUUCGGAGGCUAGAUCGCCGCCUCAACGCGGUUACUCACAGCGGGAUCCACCCCGAUCUCGACAGCAGCCCAGAGACGAAGAUGGUUAUCCGGAUGAUGUUUAUGACAUGUACAAUGGAAGCCAGGACUCGAGAAGCAGCAGACAGACUGCUCGCCGGCAACAGCCACGCUACAUUGAGGAGGAAUUUGACGGUAGCGACUACGACUCUUUCGACGAGGGAGACUUUGAGAUGAUCUCGAACCGAAGACCAGGAACGGGCUCAGUAUCAGGUUCGUCACGAGGUCAAUCUAGGAGGCCAGAGGUUCGCAAAAUCCGAGUCAAGGUCCAUGCGGAAGAUGUCCGCUAUAUCAUGAUUGGCGCGGCCGUCGAGUUCCCCGACCUUGUGGACCGCAUUCGUGAUAAAUUUGGCCUGCGCAAACGUUUCAAGAUCAAGGUCCGCGACGAGGACUCGCCUUCGGACAUGAUUACCAUGGGAGACCAGGAUGAUCUCGACAUGGUCAUGAUGAGCGUCAAGCAACAGGCACGGAAGCAGAGGCUAGACAUAGGCAAGAUGGAGGUUUGGGUCCAAGAAGUUUAG